CUCUGAUGAGGAUGGCGGAAAGAUGCAGCUGACCAUCUUGCUGCUCUUCCUGUCGGUCCUGUUUAGCAGGGAAUGCAAAGUCCUCGGAAGUGAUCCUGUCGGUGCCAUCGGGAAUGGGUCAUGAAACGAGGGAACCCUGCCCAGUGAACCGGAGGCAAUUAAACGGUAAUGGAAUUUUGGUCUUAAAUCCAACAAACAACCUACAAAACGCAAAUGAAAAGGCCAUUGCCCAGUACAGAGAAAAUCUGAAAAAUGCAGUGAGGGAAAUACUAGCGGAUUUACCCAAUACCCGAAAGAAAAAAAGACGACAAGCCCUGCAGGAAGCACUUGCAGCUUUAACUGGCCUGACUUUGGCAGUCACACCAUUAGAAGAAAGUCUUGGAAAAAUCAAAAAGCAGCAGGCGGAAUUAAUUUGGAAAUUUAAACUCCAGCACGAAUGGAAGUUUUGGGCUGCAGCGAAAGUUCAGAAAGUGGGGGAAUCCACGGAUGGACUGAGGACCGCCGAAGCUGUCUCCAUAACCGAAAACCUUAACAAUCGUUACGGCCUCCAAUUUCGCGACUGUGUGGGUGAGUUUCUCUGGGAUCAGAUUAGAUUUAAUCUGGAUUUGAAAACGACCCUCAGCAGCCUGCAGAGUUCCACCUCGGAGUUAAUCGAUGCCACUGAGAGGUGUCCCACCAUCAAGGCAAAAAAAUGCCGCAAGGCCGUGAGAAAUGCUGUGAAAGAACUCCAGAAUGCACCACAGGAUCUCCAUGACCUGUGGAUUAAAUCUGAUACGUUAAAGGACACCCAAAAGGAAAGUUAUUUUUGUCUAGAGAUAACUUUAGAUGAUUAUGCCGACGAGCGGGUCGAAGUGGAGAGGCACCUGGAGGAUAUUAUUGAGGAAUAUCGAGAGAGUAUAACCACCCCUAAGUAGGGGCUGAUAUUUAUAUUUGUCAAACAAAAAGUACAGACAGCACAUAAGCAGGACAUCUUCGGCACCAAUUAGUCUAAGGGCAGCAAAAUAAAAUGGCAUUUUAAACG